AAUGUUAAGUUAUUUGUGUCACUGAGUGAGCUCUAUGUUAUUUUCUUAAAGAAUGCUAGCGCGAGGCACAUCAAUUAGGACAUCUUCAUGGAGUGAUAGAAUUGGACGUUCCACUGCAUAUAAAGUGUUUAGAGAAACCUGCAGUACUUUGUGGAAAGCUCUUCAACCGAUAUAUUUGCAGGCAUUGACAAGAGAGACUAUGGUGCAGAUAUCUGAGGAUUUCUUUAACCGAUGGCAGUUUCCCAAUUGUAUCGGAGCUAUUGACAGUAAACACAUAUCGAUACAGUGCCCCCCAAAAACUGGUUCUCAGUUUUAUAGCUCUUACAAGAAAAGAUUUUCUAUAAUCCUCAUUGCUGCAUGUGAUGCUAAAUAUCGAUUCACGUGGGUGGAUGUUGGCGAUUAUGGAUCUCAAAGUGAUGGAGGUGUGUGGGCAAGCAGCGCUUUCGGCCAGGCUAUCGAUGCAGGUGAAAUUGACUUUCCUUUUCCAAAGGAGAUUCUUGGCAGUGAUGUCAUCCUUCCCUUCACUUUUGUCGCCGAUGAAGCAUUCCCACUUGGCAUCCAUAUGAUGCGUCCAUAUGCCAGAACUUACAGAACUUUUGGCAACGCAGAAAGAAUAUUCAAUUAUAGACUCAGCCGUGCCAGACGUACCAUCGAAAAUACGUCUGGAAUCAUGUCAUCAAGGUGGCGUAUCUUGAGAAGGGAUCUGUGUUGCAUACCAGAAACAGCGGAAGACAUUGUAAAAGCAAUUGUGUGUCUUCAUAACUUUCUGAUGGUAUCUGAAGACGAUUUAGCACCAUUGGAAAGGACCUAUUGCCCUGCAUCUAUGCUAGAUAGAGAAAGAGUAGAUGGAGAUGUCAUUGAAGGUGAUUGGAGAAGAGAAAUGUACAGGGGACCGAUCACUGAUGUUGGUCGACUUGGGUCCAACAAUCCCACAGUGAGAGCUGAUGCUCAGCGAAACAUCCUCAAAGAUUAUUUUUGUUCAGACAUUGGCCAGCUGGAUUGGCAGUGGAAACAAGCGCUAAGGGCAUAUAAUGUUAAUCCCCCUUAAUAAUAUAAGUUAAUGUAUAAUAAGUUAAGUUUAAUAACAGGAAUUAAGUUUAAGUUUAAUUUUAAGUUUGGUGUUAAGUUUAUGUAUAAUAUUCAAUAGUCAUGAAUGAUCUACGUUCUACUUUUAUCUAUUGUCAUUAUUUGUAUUUUUUCAAUGUGAUAUUCGAACGCUUAAAUGAAUUCGAUGAAACAGUAAGUGUAUACAUAAAGCUUGUAAAAGUUGGGAGAAU